GUUCUUACUCCGUGUACUUGAUAAGGUCAUUCAUGUCCCGUCUGAGCUCUCAAAUGACGUGAUUGGCUGCGAAUUUUCACACUGUUAAGGUAAUUGCGCUAAUUUACUAUACGUGUAUUCUAGUCUACAAAUACAUUUGCGAGGUUAUUAGUAACGAGCAUUUACCUGACUAGUGCACUUUACACCAGGUUUGUUGCUGAGCGCCCGCCUACGUUCUUACAGCCUUUGUAGUGCGAGUCAAUAUUCCCGGAAGUGUGCUGUACGUUUGAUUUGAGCUGCUCCCUCCUCGCCAUUCAGUGGCGCGUACUCCAGUGUAGCAGCAGCAUAACGUAGACUAUGGCAGAGCAGGAUCCCACCCCGGAACAGCUGGCGGCCAUCGCAGCGGCCAACGAGGAAGCGGAGGGCGGGGUCAACUACAAGCCCCCCGCUCAGAAGAGUCUGCAGGAGAUCCAGGAGCUGGACAAGGACGACGAGAGCCUGCGCAAAUACAAGGAGGCCCUGCUGGGGAACGCCGCCGCGGCUGCAGUAGACCCCAACGCUCCCAAUGUCCAGGUGACACGCUUGACCCUGAUGUGUGAGACGGCGCCGCUGCCCCUGACCCUUGACCUACAGGGAGACCUGGAGUCCUUUAAGAAACAGUCCUUUGUCCUGAAGGAAGGCGUGGAGUACAAGAUAAAGAUCAGCUUCAAGGUCAACAAGGAGAUUGUGUCGGGACUGAAGUAUGCCCAGCAGACCUACAGGAAAGGAGUCAAGGUUGACAAGUCAGACUACAUGGUGGGGAGCUACGGGCCGCGGCCGGCAGAGUACGAGUUCCUGACCCCUCUGGAGGAGGCCCCUAAAGGCAUGCUGGCCCGCGGCACCUACAACAUCAAGUCCAAGUUCACUGAUGACGAUAAGCACGACCACCUCUCCUGGGAGUGGAACCUUAACAUCAAGAAAGAGUGGAAAGACUGAGUCCCAGUCAACUUCAUUCUUCCCCCUCUUCUUAUUCCCCCUCCAUUAUUUUGAAUUCAUAAUAAUGUGAUAAGUAAUUAAGGCAAAUUCCUCUCUCGUCCACCCCAAUCCCUGCAGUAGUUUCAUUCCAAUCACGUUGUCAUGCCCCCCCCCCCACACACACACACACUCCUUGUGAUGCUGAGUAUUGAAUAUGUGGAGAAGCAAAUCAUGUGCACAAUCAUGAAUUUGUUUUGGUUAGCUUGUAUAUAAACUUUUUUUUUUAAAUGAAAGAUUGAUUUGUUAAUGCUCUUGAUAUGGAUGUCAAUCAACUGUGUGAAUUCCAUCCUUUCCCCUCUUUACCCCCCUUCCUGCUGAUUUGUUUUAUACAACCAUGAUCUGCCUUGUAAAGGUGUUGCUGUGUGUUAAAGGCUGUGGUAGGUCCACACUCUGUACUCUUUGUUGGGGACGUUGCCCUCUGUCAGUGGAAAGCCUUUGAGCAGAUUAUAUGUACCAGAGUCCACACAAUUAGUUUAUUCUGGAACUAGUGUGAAUUCCUAACCGUUAAGAGGUGGCAUGACCAGCACUUACCGGCAGUCCACCAGAGGCACUGUGACCACCUGCUGAAGGUGCAAGUGUGCCUCUUCCUGGUCAGGGUUUUCACCUCCCUACCUAGUUCAUUCAGCAGCCAUGUGGCCUUAAAGAGGAUUCCCGUAGAACUAACAAUGAAGGAAAUGAUCACAAAGAGCCAUUUGCCUUUAGAACAGAACUGUCAGAUUGUUACGAGAGCCUCCUACAGGGUUCGAGUAAAAGAGUUUUAGGCUGAGUGCAGGUGCGAACAGAUGAUCAGACCAUUGAGAUGCUUGUACCUUCUUUCCAGAUUAGCCAGUAGAAGUAGACUAUGAAAGUGAACAGCAGCCAUCUCUGCUCCCUUCCCUCCUCACGGCAUCAGGUGGUCUCAGUGCAGACUAAGAAAUGAGCUCCUGGUCAAAUGCCCUCGAAGCAGACCUUGAGGCCUUCUUCCAGUCACUAACUCCAUUACAGUAGCGUCUCCUAUGGGGCCUUGCUGGUGGCCCUUGUGAGCAGAGAGGAAUGUCACACAAGGGUUGUUAAUCUGCUCACCUUGAGUAUGAAUCACCUCCAGGAUUACCAAAACUGGCUGUGCCUCUAGCCUUUACAACCACCAGCUGCUCUCUGUUAAGGUCUGUUGACCUUCAGAAUGGGAGCUCAACAUCAAAUAGUUAUUUGAACCUGAUGUUUUAGGUCAGGUCUAACUUGUGCACAGACCCAGAGUUUCAAGUAGAACGAGAACAGCCAAGACCUCUUACUACUACAUAACCGUGUUGUAUUUUUCUACACUCCCAUUUUUCAACGUCAUAACCUGUGAUGUCGGGCUCGGGCAUUGUUUGGUUUCAAUGGAUCGUUGUUUCAGUAUGGUUUUGAUUCUUUGUAUCUACUCCUCUGUGCCACCUGGAGAACACUGUUCACCUGUCACAUGAAAGUCUUCAGACUGGAGGUCCCGGUGUCUUUUUAAUCAAUAAAGUCAUGUUACUUUUUA